AUGAAUAAUCAAUAAAAAAAGAUUGUUGAUUCACAUAUUAAUCUAGCAAAAUAAUUAACUUAAAUUGCAAAAUAAAAAUCACUUGAUAAAUUUUAUUAAUUUGGAUAAAGUAUAUUAUAAAAUGAUACAUUGACAAUUAAUGAUUAUCCAUAAUCAGAAGAAAAUUAAAUUGAGUAAUCAAAAGAGAUUGAUAAACUCAGAUUAUUAAUACGUAUGUUGUUAAAUAAUUAUAAUUAAUAAGAAUUUAAGAAAUUUGAAUAGGUGUUUUAAAUUAAGAAUGAAAAAUAUUUGAAUAUUCUUUCUAAUUUUAAAUAAAGAGUAGCUUCCAAUUAAAAUAAUAAAUAAUAAAGUGUAUAUAAUCUUUAUUUGCUGCUAUCACAUCUAAAAUGCCUAAUUCUGGCGAAGGUUUAUUAAAAAAUGUAUAAAACUUUUUAUUACAAAAUAUAUUUAUAAAUCAUUUUUUAUAUAGGAGGAAAGAAAUCUGCAAUUGUUCAAAUGUUAGAAAAUCUUUUUUUUAAAUGAAUUGAAAAUCGAUGAUUUAUAAUAAAUUUUAACUAUUUAUGAUUCCAGAGUUAAGAAUAUUUCAGUACUUUAUUAUUUAUAUAUUAGAGAUUAGAAUUUGGUUUAUUAUCAACUAUCAAAGGUAUAUUAGUAUGUUUUACUGAUGGAGCAUGCUAUAAUGAAUAUGCUGAAUUAAAUGAUUUUGCUAAAAGCAUUAAUAAAAUGAUAAUUUAUGGUGGAAAUAAAAUUUAUAAUGCUGAAGAAUUCUUGCUUUAAUUUUAAUGA